AUGAAGUCGGGUCCGGGAGCUGCUACAGGCUCUCAUGCCUCAGCCGGCUCGUCGGGCUCUCCUGCCUCAGCCGGAUCGCCGGGCUCCCCUGACUCACCCGGCUCGUCGGGCUCUCCUGCCUCAGCCGGAUCGCCGGGCUCCCCUGCCUCAGCCGGCUCGUCGGGCUCUCCUGCCUCAGCCGGAUCGCCGGGCUCCCCUGACUCAGCCGGAUCGCCGGGCUCCCCUGCCUCAGCCGGAUCGCAAGGCUCCCCUGCCUCAGCCGGAUCGCCGGGCUCCCCUGCCUCAGCCGGAUCGCCGGGCUCCCCUGACUCAGCCGGAUCGCCGGGCUCCCCUGACUCAGCCGGAUCGCCGGGCUCCCCUGCCUCAGCCGGCUCGCCGGGCUCUCCUGCCUCAGCCGGAUCGCCGGGCUCCCCUGCCUCAGCCGGCUCCCUGCCUCAGCCGGAUCGCCUCCCCUGCCUCAGCCGCUCCCUGCCUCAGCCGGAUCGCCGGGCUCCCCUGACUCAGCCGGAUCGCUCCCCUGCCUCAGCCGGAUCCCUGCCUCAGCCGGAUCGCCUGACUCAGCUCCCGGACUCCCCUGCCUCAGCCGGAUCGCCGGGCUCCCCUGACUCAGCCGGAUCGCCGGGCUCCCCUGACUCAGCCGGAUCGCCGGGCUCCCCUGACUCAGCCGGAUCGCCCGGCUCCACUGCCUCAGCCGGCUUGUCGGGCUUUCAUGCCUCUGCCUGA